CUGCGGUGGGGCGGGGGGGGGAAAUCCCGAGCGACGCCGUGAGGCCCCUCCCACCCUCCCUGCCCCGAUAUAAAGGGCGGAGUGCGGGGCUGGGAACCGCAGAGAGCGACGGGGAGUGUGGGCCGCAAUGCCGCUGGCGCAGAGCAGGACCGGCCCGAUGCCGUGCAGCAGCAAAGCGUGCAGGAACCUCUUCGGCCCCGUGGACCACGAACAGAUCCGGAACGACUUCGAGGAGCUGCUGAGGCAACAGCUGGAAGAAGCUCAGAGACGUUGGAACUUCAACUUCGAGACGGAGACGCCCCUGGAUGGGCACUUCAAGUGGGAGAGGGUCCUGAUGGCCGAGCAGCCCCCCCGGGUAGAGCCCGGCAGCAACGGGAGCUCAGCACCACGCAGGGUCCCCAGUAAGGAUGGUGUCGGUGGGGCUCGUUGUGGGGCAGCCCAGCAGAGCUCGGAGCAAACCAGGGUCGGUUCUGCACAGCACUUGAAGCGGGGGCAGACCACUGUUAAAGACUUCUACAGCUCCAAGAGAAGAGUCGUCCAUGACAAGCCCAGGCUGUGACUGCUGCUGGGGAUGGAUGCUGAUGCUGCCGUGCCCUGGAGGCUGUCGUGGCUCUUUCCCUGCCCUGCACUGUCUGUACAAAGCGAUACCGAGUCUAUAGUUCCCUAUUUAUGAGUAGCUCUGGGGUCCUGAGUGGCCCAUGCUGUGUGCAAUGUAUAGGAGGAGCCCACGGGAAGGACUAAGGACUGGAAUGGAGCAGGUGGGGCUGAGGGUGUCUCCUGCCCCGUGCUGGUGUUGCCCAGCAGCAUCCUGCUGUCUCAUGGAGCAGCCCCAUGGCCCUCCCUGCUGUGGAUCACUGGGUGUGAGCCCUGCAUGGAGCUGCUCCCAGUGUGACUCAGUGAUGUGUUGGUCACACAGUGGUGACAAAUGUACUUGGAGGUGUGUACCCUUGAGGCCGGCACAGCUCGGGAGGCACUGGGCUGCUCCAGGCUGUGCUGCCCCAUUGGGUUCUUGGCGUGGUGUUGGCUGGCUGUGCAUCGUGCAAUGCUGACAUUAAGCUGGAUGUUGAGCUGCUGCUUGGCACUGCCAGCAGGGGCUGCCCCUGCAAGAAGUGCCAGCUUUUCUCCUGGACUAUUUCCUACUCCAGAGCCUGACCUGGCUCCUGCUGUUGUCUCUGUGACCCAGGGAUGCCCUAUAGGACACAGCCCUGCUCUGGGUGCUGUCGGAUCUCAGCACUUUCACUGGUUUCCCCCUCUCUGUAUUGGGAUUGGGAUUGGCACGGGGUGUUCCCAUGUAGAGGAGGAGGGUGCUGCUCCCAGCUCAUACCGUGAUGCACUUUGCUGUCAGAGAUGCUGGCAAGUGCCCAGCAUUCAAUGUUUAUUUAUGAAAACACUGUUUUAAGGCUUCUUGGAAGGGGAAAGAACCUGUUUGUCUGCGAGUGUAACUGAAUAAACACUUGUCUGGUGGAAA